GCCCAUCAACAGCCAGUUGAAUGUGAGAUAGAGGUGGAGAUUGAGCAUGUUGGGGAUAAUUAUCAGGAGGUCACUGAUUGCAACUUGCAGUCAGGUCGUGAGCAUUAUCAGCAGGGAGCUGCCAACAUACCUCAGUUGGCUGUUUAUUCUCCAGAAAGUCUGGAUACUACCGGUUCCGCUGUGCCAGAAUGGACUUCAUACAGCCCACCACUUUAUAGAGUCAGGCAAGUACCACACAAUAUUGCAACCAGCUUCUAUGCCUUAAUUGUUGCUGCAAGUGACGUUCAGCACUUUUUGAGUAUAUAACCUGCCACCAUAAAAUUUAUUGUGGAAUUUUUUAUAGACAAAAUAGCAGUGGUUCUAAAAUACAGCUAGGUCACUAAUUUUCAUAGGUCAGAGUACAGAUCACCAUACUGCAGACAUUAAAUAAACAUGAGCAUCAACAGCUGUAUCUACGUACUACAAAAUGUUCCUUAAGAUCUAGGGAAAACGUAUAUGUGGCUAGUAAUAAUAAUUAUUACGUUUAUCAAUGGAACAGUUACUUCUACUUUUGACCAGCUGUGGAAUGUCCUCAUGAAGAAUUAUUCAAUAUAGUUCAAUAUAGACUGCUUGUGCAGUCUGCCUUUUCUCUUAAAAUCCGACCAAUUCUUAUGCCAGCAAGCAAGAUUACAAACAAUGAUACAAUAAUAAAUUAAAGGAUAAGGAGGAGACAAGAUGGACUGCUGAUUCUUUAGUGCAAAUCCUUAUAUUUUUCUUCUCAGGCUUAUGCCACUCUCACAUGCAUGGGUAUGCGUGGGUUAACACGCGUAGAGUAAUUUUGCAAAGAAAAAUAAGAGACUGCUUGCAGACUAAAUUCAGUAUGAUGGAGAUUGUCUUGUUAAAUUCGUGCCUUACAAAAUUGGAAUCAGUAUGUGCUUUCACAAAUGCCAAUGUCUUGUCUAAUCCUGCCCGCAACAACCUGAAAAGUGGGCAAAUGCUCCAAAUGACAGUUCUUUGACUAUGAGGGAACUAUUGCAAGGAAGGUGACAGCUCUAAAAUGCCUGGCCACAGGCAGAGUGGUAAAACUUAUGUACAACGUCAAUAAUUAACUUCAGUUUUUACUCACACCAACUUGAAACAACAUCAGGACAGGAAACAUAAAGUGGGGCCUUGCUUGUGAUGUUUUAUGUAAUAAUACUAAAUUUGUUUGUUUUGUUUUGUUGUUUGUUUCUAGGUUAUUAGGCCAUCCAGGACAAACAUUAUACCCUGACAGGACCUCUUCUGGUCAAGAGUAUAUUGUUUGGGAAAUAAGUGACUUCCCCAUGCACCUUCAAGACACUGUGGAUGGAAACAUAGAGGCAAUUGAGAGUCCAGUGAUGAAGACGGGUAGAUAUGGGUACAGCUAUCGCAUCCUUAUCUUUCCAAAAGGUACUAAUGGUGAAGAUGGAAAUCACAUGAGUGUGUUCGUUAGCAUGAUGCCAGCAGGAGAAGAAAAUGUUAACUUGAGGUGGCCUUUCCGUGGGUUGUUCAUUAUCACCUUGAUGGAUCAAUCUGGCAAUGCCAACCCCCAAAACCACAGCUGCACC